AAUAACUCUUACCGAAAGAUGAGAAAGCGUCACAGCAAACUGCGAUGAAACCUAUGGGAAUCGAAUGUGCAAGAUGACAAAUGAUCAAAGAUCUCACACGUGCACUUUCUGGAGAUAACAAAAAUGUUUUGCUUUGGGAAACUCUGCAGAUUAUCUCCAUCUUGAAUGCGAAAAGAGAGGAUCAUUGAGCCUUGCUACAUGUACAAAUGGAUAUUAUUUUACCGCUUUCUGUUCCUACCGAUGCGCAUUUUCGCGCUUUUCCUCAGUGGAGGCGGUUGGAGUGCGACGGGUUUUCCUCGCGCUGGGCACCUGUUGUAUGUUAGUUAGACGAAUCAGUCACGAGUCAGUGCAACAUCCAAAAAACAACAGUCGUCUCACAUGAAGGCAUUGCAGCAAUGUCACAGCUCUACUUACGCAGAACGGACAACUUAGGGUUCAGAGACCGGAUCCCGCUGCAGAUAGUUCGAGCCGAGUCGGAGCUGUCACCGCUGGAGAAGGCCUACCUGUGCGCUGUGGAGAAAGGUGACUACGCCAGCGUCAAACAAUCGCUGAUAGAAGCCGAGAUCUACUUCAAAAUCAACAUCAACUGCAUCGACCCUCUGGGGCGGACGGCUCUGUUAAUUGCCAUUGAGAAUGAGAAUCUGGACAUCGUCGAGUUGCUGCUCAGCUUUGGCGUGUACGUGGGGGAUGCGCUCUUACACGCCAUACGAAAGGAGGUGGUGGGGGCUGUGGAGUUGCUUUUGAAUCAUAAAAAGUCCAGCGGGGGCAUGCAGGUGCCCCCUAUCCUGUUGGAUAAACAAUUCUCCGAUUUUACCCCUGACAUAACGCCCAUUAUUUUGGCCGCACACACCAACAACUAUGAGAUCAUCAAGAUGCUGGUUCAAAAGGGGGUGUCCGUUCCCCAGCCCCACCAGGUGCGUUGCAACUGCAUGGAAUGCGUGUCCGGCUCAGACGUGGACAGCCUGCGACAUUCCAGAUCCCGUCUCAACAUCUACCGGGCUCUGGCCAGUCCUUCGCUGGUCGCCCUAUCCAGCGAGGACCCCUUCCUGACGGCCUUUCAGCUUAGCUGGGAGCUCCAGGAGCUCAGCAAGGUGGAGAAUGAAUUCAAGUCAGAGUACGAAGAGCUUUCCCAGCAGUGCAAGCAGUUUGCCAAAGAUAUGCUCGACCAGACGCGCAGCUCCAGAGAGCUUGAGUUGAUUCUGAACUACAAGGAUGAUAUCAAUUUCCUGGAGGAGGAAGGGAGUAAUGAUCUAGCCAGGCUGAAACUGGCUAUCAAGUACCAUCAGAAAGAGUUUGUAGCACAGCCAAACUGUCAGCAGCUGCUCGCAACUCGCUGGUACGAUGAGUUCCCAGGCUGGAGACGCCGCCACUGGGCCAGCAAGUCUGUCACCUGUAUGUUCAUCGGAUUCCUCUUCCCCUUCUUUUCGCUGUUCUACUUGAUCGCCCCCAAGAGCCACUACGGCCUGUUCAUCCGAAAACCCUUCAUCAAGUUUAUAUGCCACACUGCUUCUUAUCUGACCUUCCUCUUUCUCCUGCUGUUGGCCUCCCAACAUGUGGAUCACAACAGGAAUACCACUAUGAAUGACAAUAUGAAUCCCACUAAGCAGGCCCCAAAGCCCACCGUUACCACUGUGGAAUGGAUGAUUCUACCCUGGAUUUUAGGCUUUGUAUGGGCUGAGAUCAAACAAAUGUGGGACGGUGGCUUUCAGGAUUACAUUCAUGACUGGUGGAACCUCAUGGACUUUGUCAUGAAUUCUCUGUAUCUGGCCACUAUCUCAUUGAAGAUUGUCGCUCACGUUAGGGACUCUGGCAACCAGCCCCGGGAAAAUUGGGUGAUGUGGCACCCUACCUUGGUGGGCGAGGCCUUGUUCGCCAUUGCUAAUAUAUUUAGCUCCCUACGACUGAUUUCACUCUUCACAGCCAACUCCCACCUGGGCCCUCUUCAGAUCUCCCUUGGCCGAAUGCUUCUGGACAUCCUCAAAUUUCUCUUCAUUUACUGCCUGGUGCUGCUCGCCUUUGCAAAUGGACUCAAUCAACUGUAUUUCUAUUAUGAUGAUAGCCCUACUCCACAAAAAAACGCCACAUGCAAGGGUAUCCGCUGCCCAGACCAGAACAAUGCAUUCACCACUAUGUUUGAGACACUGCAGUCAUUGUUCUGGUCCAUAUUUGGUCUUGUUCAACUGCACGUGACCAAUGUUGAACCCAAACACGAGUUCACAGAGUUUGUUGGAGCCACAAUGUUUGGGACCUACAACAUAAUCUCCCUGGUGGUGCUUCUUAAUAUGCUUAUUGCUAUGAUGAAUAAUUCCUACCAACAUAUUGCUGACCAUGCUGAUAUUGAGUGGAAGUUUGCCAGAACUAAACUUUGGAUGAGCUACUUCGAAGAGGGUGGAACACUGCCUCCUCCCUUCAACAUCAUCCCCAGUCCAAAAUCAACGUGGUACCUCAUCAGAUGGAUCAAGAGCAACUGCUUCAAAGCUAAUCACAAAAAAAGAACAGAGACGCUUGGAUCACUUGGGAUUCGAGCUGCUGAAAAUGUACGCACAAACCGCCAGUACCAGGAGGUACUUAGAAACCUGGUUAAGCGGUAUGUGGCAGCAAUGAUCAGGGAUGCCAAAAAAGAAGAGGGACUAACGGAAGAGAACUUUAAGGAACUUAAACAGGACAUCUCAAGCUUCCGGUAUGAGGUGAUGGGAAUGAUGAAGGGCACUAAGAUUGGCACGUCGACCUCAAAAGGGAGCGCAGGAGCCUCAAGCCUAGUGCAUCCUGAUAACCCUUUGAAGAGCAAUUCUGCUUCAGCUGGAAGUCAACUGAAGGGCAAAAUGAGACUGAAGAGUGUCACCACCUCUAUGAUCCAGGAGGGCGCACCCAAAGCCAAUGUCUGGAAGCCUGGCGGCUGUAGUGGCCUAGCGGGUGGUUCUGUCCCAAACAAGACUGUUGGCCAUCAAAUGAACUGCAAAGGGCCAAACAACCCGGGAGCGAUUUACUCCGUGUCAGAGGAAGCUGGUGAAUCCGAAGAACAGGACGAUGGCGAACAGGGAGGAAACCUCAAUUUCAAUGCAGGAAAGAAGCAAAACAAAGAAACAGAGAGAGACAGAGUAAAUGAGACUGAGGAAGAGGACGAGGAAAUGGUAUACAUGCGUAAAAUGUGUGAGGAAGAAAUGAAUGAGGAAACCGGAUAUGAAGGAAGCAGAUUAUAACGGCAUUCAAACUCGGCAUUCAAAAGUGACGAUCACAUACCGAAUGCCGGAAAUCAAAGAGAAAGAUGCUGUUCUCCUGAACCAUUCGCUCUAUCUCAGGAGCAGCUGUGCUGACGGUCCAGUGCAGGGCGUUGCAUAUGUAUGAUACGAACAUCAAGUGUCAUUCUGGGUCUCAGGGAUGAUCGUCUCUUUUAGGAGAAUAAGAGGUCCAACGUUGUCUUUCACAGUGAUUCACACUCUGUCAAGUGUGUAAAUGCUCCUGUAGUUUCUCGCUGCUCUGCUCUCCUCUCCUCUCCGCUGAAUCAUAAAUGAAGGAGCAAUUACUGAGACCCUUUGCUAUUCAGACCUUUCAUUCUGCCUUACUCCGUUAGAUUUAGC